GCUCUCUCUCUCUCUCUCUCAUUGUAUUUUUUAUUUGUUUAUCUAUCUCUACUGAAUCAACAGAGAUCACAACCAUUGCUGCUACAACGGUUACUUUACCAUGUCCCUAUUCAUAUUUUUUCUGGUAUUUCUUUUCACCCUUUGACCUUAUCAGAUCUUUGUCACUCCUCUCUCAGAUCUUCCAACCUCUUAUUCUUCUCUCAAAUCUCCCUCGAGUAUAUCAACGAGGGUUAUGUGUAAUGCUACUAACCCCCUAACCAAUCGACCCUUAAAUUUUGUCGCUCGUCUGUAUGUGUCCUCUUUAUUGCCCGUCGACUGAAUCCGACCGUGAAAACAGUGGCUCGAUACUCUAUGAUUUUGAACAAUACUUGGUCGGAAUCGGAUGUUUCUUUUUCUCAUUCGAAGAUGUCGGUUCGGUUAAUGAUUGAGCAGCAAACUAGAACCGACUCGACUCGUGAACAGCCUAGUUCAAAGUAAUACUAUUGUGGCUAAUAAAACAUCUGGGCUCAGCAGACAAGAGAGUGCCUUCAUUGGCCAUUUGUGUCUUGGGCCAUCAUCACACUUCUCAGUUCUCACUACUCCGGCGGAUACACCGGUUAUACUCCACCUAUUUGGAACCGAACUCCAGUUUCUUGAAGGAAUGGGUUGCCAGACACCCAUGAGCAGUGAGCGUUUAAGAACAUAUUGGACUCCAGCAAUGGAACACUACUUUAUUGAUCUUAUGUUAGAUCAUAUGCAUAGGGGUAACAGAGUUGGACAUACUUUCAACAAACGAGCAUGAGCUGAUAUGCUUAGCAUGUUCAGUGCAAAAUUUGGAACUCAGCAUGAUAAGGAUAUUUUGAAGAAUCGUUACAGUACUUUGUGGAAACAAUUUAAUGAUGUCAAGAAUCUGCUUGACCAGAGUGGAUUUUCGUGGGAUGAUACUCAACAAAUGGUAGUAGCUGAGGAUUAUGUUUGGGAUACUUACACUAAGGCCCAUUCAGAUGCACAAUAUUACAGGAAUAAACCUCUUAUGAACUUCAGUGAUUUGUGCUUGAUAUAUGCGUAUGCAACUGCAGAUGGAAGAUACAGUCGUUCAAGUCAUGAUAUAGACUUUGAUGAUGAAAUCCAAGGACUAAAUAUUGGUGAAGGAAAGGAAGCCCAGGCUCCCAGUUUCAGCAACUGUACAAGGACAUUUUGGACACUACCCAUGGACCAUUAUCUUAUUGACUUAUUACUGGACCAGGUGCUAAGAGGGAAUAAAAUUGGGCAUGCAUUCAUAACUCAGGCUUGGAAUGAAAUGGUGAAGUCAUUCAAUUCAAAAUUUGGAUCUCACUAUGAUAAAGAGGUCUUGAAAAGUCGCUAUAAACAUUUGAGGGAGCAAUAUAAUGACUUAAAGAUUCUUCUUGAUCACAAUGGGUUUUCUUGGGAUGAAACCCAAGAAAUGGUUACUGCUGAAGGGUAUGUUUGGGACUCUUAUACCAAGGCAUAUCCUGAUGCUCAAUUGUAUAAAUUUAAAACUGUCCCAAGCUACCACAAAUUAUGUGUCAUAUAUGGCGAGGAAGGUUCUAAUGGAAAACCUAGCAAUAUGGCUCACAGUGAAGACCUCGAUGAUAGUGAUUGUUCAAGGACAGAUUGGACACCUUCAAUGGACCGCUGUCUCAUUGACCUUCUGUUAAAGCAAGUGCAUAAAGGGCAAAACAUAAAUCACAUAUUCGACGAACAAGUAUGGAUGGAUAUUGUGGCAGCAUUCAAUGAUAGAUUUGGAUCACAGCAUGACAAAUAUGUUUUGAAGGGUCAGUAUAAAAGUUUGAAGAAGUUAUAUCAUGAUAUGAAGAAUCUCCUUGAACUGGGCGAAUUUUCUUGGGACGAAUCAAGGCAAAUGGUCACGGGACCUGAUGAUGUUUGGGAUGCUUAUACCAAGGAGAACCCAGAUGGAACAUCAUUCAGAACAAAAACAAUGCCAAAUUAUAAUGAUUUAUGCUUGGUUUAUGGAAAUUUGACUUCUGAAGGAAGAUGGAACCAAUCAGAUCCAUAUGUGGGCUUCAAUGGUGAUGGAAGGGAUUUUCAAGCAUCCCAAAACGGCAGUUGUCUGAGGUCUGGUUGGACAGCACCUAUGGACAGAUAUUUUAUCGAUUUAAUGCUAGAGCAGAUCCGUAAAGGGAAUAUGAUUGAUCAAAAUUUCAACAAACAAGCUUGGGGUGAUAUGGUGGUGAAGUUUGUUGCAAAAUUUGGGUCUAAGCACCACAAAGACGUUCUGGAAAGUCGUUUUGAGAAAAUGAGGAAUCUAUUCCAUGAUAUGCGAACUCUUGUUGAUCAGAGUGGGUUUGCAUGGGAUGAAAUGCAACAGAUGGUGACAGCUGGUGAUGAUAUCUGGGAUGCUUAUAUCAAGGAGCGUCCUGAUGCACAAUCAUUCCGAAGUAGAACUCUCCCAAACUAUAAUGAUUUGUUUCUGAUAUUUGGAAAUACAAGCACUAAUGGAAGGAGUGACCAUGCAAGUCAUUGUACCAAUAUUGAUGAUGGUGCCCCAAAAGUAAACAUUUAUCAGGAAGAUGACCAAUCCUCUUCCGGUAGUGAUACUUUGAGCAUUGCUUGGACAAAGCCAAUGGACAGAUAUUUCAUUGAACUCAUGUUAGGACAGGUGUUUGAAGGGAAUAGAGUUGAAAAUAUCUUCAAUAAGCAAGCUUGGGUCUGCAUGAUCACAUCAUUCAAUGAGAAAUUUGGACUUCAGUUUGACAAAUGUGUACUGGAAAAUCGGUACCUAAGCUUGAUGAAACAGUAUGACGACAUCAGCACUCUUCUCAACAAGAAUGGCUUUGCAUGGGACGAAAUAGAACAAAAAGUCACAGCUGAUGAUGAUUAUUGGGAAGCUUAUAUUGAGGAACAUCCCGACGCUGUAGCAUACAAAGAUAUAAUAUUGGAGAAUUACUGUGAUUUGAGCAUUAUUUUUGGAGAUGAGAUCCAUGAUGGAACGUCAAGUUAUCUGUGUCCAGAAAUGAAUAUUGAUGAUAAUGCCCUGGAAAUGGGGAUGGAUGGCAUAUUUGGAGCCCUAAAGUCCCCAGCUAUUGAUAAUGAAGUGUCUAAUGGGAGAAAAAGACGCCAAUCCACCACACCGUUAAGUUCAACACGUGGGAGAAAAAUCAAGAAAACCAGGGAGGAGUUGCAAAAAGCAGGUAGAAGUAAUACAGUGGACAGGAACUAUAGCUCAAUAGAAAGCAUUGUUGAUGCACUUCAAGCCAUACCUGACAUGCAUGAUGAACUCUUCUUGGAUGGUUGUGAUCUUUUGGAAGAUGAGAAAAAAGCGAAGGCGUUUGUGAAGAUGGACAUCCUGCAUCGAAAAAAGUGGUUGUUGCAAAAUCUCCAUGCAUAAUUUAGGUAACUGUUUUUCGUUAUCGAAAGUGUAGAUAUGAUUAUGAUGUGUAUAUGAAGUAUAAGACAGAAUGUACAAGAGGAAACAGUUUUCAAUCAGAUUCCGAUUCCUUUCUAUCCUCUUCGAUAUCCACAGUUGCACUUGAUGUUCAUCUUGGUAGAAGAAGAAUGAGUUCACCUUCUUGUUGAUUCCCUACUUUUUCUUCGCGCGUGUAGUUUGUACAAGUGCACGUUGUUGUCAAUCGGCAAUGGGCUACACAACAAUAUGUGAUAACUCUCCCAAUCUGGAUGAAGGAACUAGAAUCCAGAAGAGGGAUCUGUCUCAAAUUCAUCUGAUCUUCUAUUUCAAAACAUUCAUAACCAUGAAAUUAUUUUUUGAUAUUCUUGUAU